GGAGUUCAUGAAGCGCUGCACCUCACACAUGCAGGCCAUCAUGCAGGGCUUCUCUUAUGAUCUCCUGAAGAAGAUAGACUCCCCUCAGCGGCUCAUCUGCAGCACACCCUGCCUGGCGGGCCUCCUGCAAGGAAGUCCUAAUGGCUCCCCUAACCGACCUCUUAAAGCUGGAGUCAUUUCUACCCAAAACAUCUACAGCUUUGGAUUUGGGAAGUUUUAUCUCACAGGAGGGACACAGCUUGCCUAUCUAGGCUCUCUUCCAAUAAUUGGAGAAAAGGAAGUGAUGCAAGCUGAUGAUGAGCCCACUUUCUCUUUCAUCAGUGGGCCUCACAUGGUCAUGACCAACCUUGUUUGGAAUGGGAGUAGAGUCACAGUGAAGAACUUGAAUCUCCCCACUCACCCUCACAGCAGCAGGCAGAGGCUGGCUGACUUACUGAUUGCUGAGCAGGAGCACAGCAGCAAGCUGCGGCAUCCUCACCUACUACAACUGAUGGCUGUGUGCCUGUCCCAGGACCUGGAGAAGACCCGACUUGUAUACGAGCGCAUCACCGUUGGCACACUAUUCAGCGUCCUCCAUGAACGACGGUCCGAGUUCCCUGUUUUGCACAUGGAGGUGAUGGUGCACUUACUGCUGCAGAUUGCUGAUGCCCUGAGAUACUUGCACUCCCGGGGCUUUGUCCACCGCUCCCUCAGCUCUUAUGCUGUCCACAUCGUGUCCGCAGGGGAAGCAAGGCUGACCAACCUGGAGUAUAUGUUGGAAAGCCAGGACAGUGGUGAACAAAAGGACCUGCAUCAAGUUCCCCUCCCCACGGAGCUGUACAACUGGGCUGCACCAGAAGUGAUCUUUCAGAAGGCAGCUACAGUGAAGUCGGACAUCUACAGCUUUUCCAUGAUCAUACAAGAGAUUUUAACAGACAGUGUACCCUGGAAUGAUUUAGACGGCUCAGCUAUUAAAGAAGCCAUCCUCUUGGGGAAUUAUUUAGAUGCUGAUGUCAGGCUUCCAAAACCUUACUAUGAUGUUGUUAGGUCAGGCGUCCAAGUCAAGCAGAAAGACCGAACUAUGAAUCUUCAAGAUAUCCAGUAUGUUCUGAAGAAUGACCUAAAGGAGAACAUUGGAGCACAGAGAACACAGCCAACGGAGAGCCCCAGGGUGCAGAGAUGUGAACCCUAUCCUGAUGUCAGUGUUUAUCUAGGACUGACUUCAGAACAUCCAAAGGCCGGUGCAGACUUGGAAAUCAAAGAGCUAAAGGAAUCGGGCAGUCAGCCCCAUUCACCAAGGGGUCACUCUUGUCCCACUGCAAAAGCAGCAUUAGGUCCUCAGCCCCUAAAUCCAAGUAUGAUGGCCCAGGCGCCUCAGAAUCCAGAUGUUCCUCCUCCUCCUGCUCCACUUGUGGCAGAAACCAAGAGCUCCAGUGCAAGUCAGGACAGCCUCCACAGCUUCGAAAUCAAUGAAAUCUACUCAGGCUGCUUGAAUGUAGGAGAUAACACAGAAGAAGAAUACCCAGUUGGUACUUUAGCUCUUGAGGGUGAUAAACCAAACCAGGCAGAUGAACUGCCAUCCCUGGAAGAAGAGUUGGAUAAGAUGGAGGAAGAGGCACACCUUUGUGAUGAGGACGAGAGCUCUUCAGAAGCUGACACAGAGCUCUUUGGUGACUGGGACUGGCAGAAUAGUUCUCUUAGUUUACUUAGUUUACCUGAGCCAACCAGAGAAGCCAAGGGCACGGUGAGCAGCUGGACAAAGACUGAGGAGUACAUCAGUAAAUGUGUGCUGAAUCUAAAAAUUUCACAGACAAUGGCUCAUGAGAUUACAGAUUUGGUGGGGACUAUUGAGCAGAAGUUAGAUGAGGUUGAGUUGAUACAGAAGGAGCACAUAUCUUUGUGGACUGCUUCAAGAUUAUUUCCAGAUGUCUGUGACUUACCUAGAGCAGUGGGCCCUCCAACUUUAAAUUACGUUCAUCCUGUCAUGCAGGUGUCAGGUGUCCCCCAGCCAGACACCAAUGGCCAUUGUCCAACACUGUCAAGGUCCCCAAGAACAAUGAAAGAAUUGCAAGGGGGUCAUUUUGGAAAAAAUGCCAAGAGAAGUAGCUAUGGCUGGAAACCUUUCACCCAAGUCUCUGAAGACAGCACUGAGGACCAGUCAGAGAGACAUCAGGACACAGGUGAACCAUUUCAGGCCACUCAAGGAGCCAAGGACAGUUUGGAAAGGAAGAACCAAGAUAGUAGGCAGGGAAGGUCUAGGGAGUCCAGUACCCAAGACAAAGUCAUGGAGCUAAGGAGUGACCUCUUCCCUAGGUCAAGCCAUGCACAGGGACCUUCUGGGUCAUCUUGCCCUUACCAGGGCUCCACCAGGAUCAAUGUGGAAUCUAUGUCUUCUGUAAUCUCUAAUGUGAAGUCAGAAAGCAAAGAUGACGGAAAGAUACGCUUAAAAUGGAAAACGGAGGUGAAAGAAACGGCUGAGAAGGCAGCUAGUGGGGAGCUCCCAGUCCUUCCUUGGCAUCCUCAGAGCAGUUCGAUUUUGAAGAGUGAGGUUGCACAUGGGUCCAGUCCCUUAUUGCAGCCCCCUACUAGGGGCCCUGAAAACAUGGACUGGCAGCGAGGAGUGCAGUUUCGCAGGGAGAAGGAAGAGCCAGGAGGAAAUGAUGUCAAAUUGAGGAAAGUGGACAACUGUGACCAUGACAGUGAGAAAUGUGGCAGACAGCCUGGGCCGCAGAACUUCACCAGUAUCAGGCAUCUUUCGCCUAGGAAAAAUGAGCAGCCAGAGCCUAGUGAAGCCUUUCAAGCAAGUUCUGACAUGUCUGAGACCACUGAGAAAUCUUACAAUGAUCAUGCUACACCAUCAUCAUGUUCGCCAGAAUCUUCUGAGGACAGAACAGAUGAAUUUUUAACUCCAGACUAUGAAUAUUUUUAUUCCUCGGCUGCUCAAGAAAACUUACCUCUAGAGACCUCAAGUCCCAUAGAAGAGAACUUUGAAGGAAUACAAGGGGAGGAAAAGUUCCAAAUGAAAAAAAUUCUUGAAAAGAACACUGAGAUUUUCACCAGAUUCCAAUCUAUGCAAAGUACUGAAUGUGAACAAGAAGAGACAUUAAAGGAGCCACCAAAGGAACUGAAAGAAAAAGACAUAUCAUUGUCAGACAUUCAAGAUCUGUCUAGUAUCUCCUAUGAACCAGAUGGCUCUUUUAAGGAAGCCUCAUGUAAAACACCCCAAGUAAGACAUGCACCUACUAGUGUCAGCACUCCACUCAGCCCAGAAUUAGUGGAAGCCAUCUCACAGCAUCAAAUUGAGGACCUACCUCCACCAUCUCAGGAGCUGCUUGAAGAAAUUGAGGAACUGAAGCAGCAGCAGGCCUCAUCCAUGGUGUUGCCUCAUCCAUGGAGGACAGCACGUCCUCCCAGCAUCACUGCAGAUGAUCCAAAGCAUUUGGAAGAACAAGAAACUGGCAGUAAUAAAGAAGAUAGCAGUUUGCUUUGGAUCAGAGAAUCACAAGAUCUAGGAGAGGACACAGAAAGAGCUCACUCUACUCUGGAUGAAGACUUGGAAAGAUGGCUACAGCCACCUGAAGAAAAGAACAUGGAGCUACAGGACCCCUGCAAAAGCUUUAAAAGGGACACAAAAACCAAGGAAGAAGACAUUGGUGAAAAGAAGUCCAAAAGGAAAGAAAGCAUCAAGCCAGAGAUAAGGAAAUCAGAGAGCUUUUUAGGGAGUUGUGACGAAGAUGAACUAAAACCUUGUUUUUGGAAGCGACUGGGUUGGUCUGAACCAUCAAGGAUAAUUGUCCUGGAUCAGAGUGACUUGUCAGACUGACUGGAAUUGGAUCAUAGAUGGAUUCCAGCCUGAUUUUGAGCAUCCUGGUUGUGAGCUCCUUUCUUCUUUCGUCUGCUUCAGUUAUCAGGGCAGCAAUCCAAGUUCCAUAUCUCACACUUUGUUCAGCUGCUACAGUAGUACUGGUUGUUUGACUGUGUAUAGGCAGCAUAUUUAAUUAUUUGUUUCCAAUCAGAUUCCUGAACAGUGCAAGGAAGUUGCAAUGUUAAAUUUUUUUCAUUGUGCCCAGUAUGGGUUUUGGUUUUGUUGAUGUAAAUUUUUGAACACUUUACUUCUGUUAUAUAAUAAAAUGUUUAUUUUACUACCGCUCA